UGAUCUGAGCCUAGUAUAAAGCAGGAUGCAGAAGAAGGGCUGCUUAACUCCGAAGCUUCCCAGAGCCCUGAGAGAAGAGAGGAUAAAGCAGGGAAGGUGAGAGGAAGACAACAGAAGAGCAAGAAAGAGAAGGAAGGAAAGAAAGAAGAGAAAUGGAAGGUUCCAAGACACACAGCUCUGAAAGCAUGCCUGAAGACCUAUCAGAAGCCCUGAAGGAAGCCACCAAAGAGGUGCAUGAGCAGGCAGAGAGCACAGAGUUUAUGAAGAAUUUCCAGAGGGGGCAGGUGUCACUCCAGGAGUUUAAGAUGGUUAUGGCUUCUCUGUACUACAUCUACUCUGCUCUGGAAGAGGAGAUUGAGCGUAACAAGGAUCACCCGGCCUAUAUCCCCGUUUACUUCCCAGCUGAACUGCACCGUAAGACUGCCCUGCAAGAAGACUUGAAGUAUUUCUAUGGCCCAUUGUGGAGGGAAGAGAUCUCGUGUCCUGAGUCCACUCAGAAAUAUGUGAAUAGGCUCCACUACGUGGGCCAGCAUGAACCAGAGCUCCUGGUGGCCCAUGCCUACACUCGGUACCUGGGAGACCUAUCUGGCGGGCAGGUGUUGAAGAAGAUUGCCCAGAAAGCUCUCCACCUACCCAGUACUGGAGAAGGACUGGAGUUCUUCACCUUUGAAGGGGUGUCCAAUGCCACAAAGUUCAAGCAGCUGUACCGCUCCCGGAUGAACUCCAUCGAGAUGGACCCAGCCACCAAGAAGAGAGUCUUGGAGGAAGCCAAGCGGGCAUUCUUGCUGAAUAUACAGGUGUUUGAGGAACUGCAGAAAUUGGUGUCCCAGUCCCAUGAGAACGGUCACCCUGCACAACAGAAGCCAGAGCUUCGCACAAGAAGCACCAGUGGAGCACAUGAGCAUGGACCAGCCCCUGUGAAAGAAGGUGAAAAGACAUCGAUGAAGCACACAGACAUGUUGCCUAGCACUCCACUGGUACGGUGGAUUCUUGCUCUCAGCUUCCUAGUGACAACGGUUGCUGUGGGCUUGUUUGCCAUGUGAACAGAAGAGACACGAGGCCUUGCCCUCCUGCUACUCCCUCCUCAAACUAACACACCUAAUGCCAUCCAUCCUGCCCUCUACCCGGACACUCUGAUCUUGGCUGUGCCACUAACACUUUUCCAAUGGAUUCAGAGGACUCUGCAGGCUUCGUGUGAAUUCUCUCUGAUCUGUGCUGAGAGCAUUUCUGAACCCACAGACUGAACUUGGCCAAAAAGCUGAGGCAGAAUCCGAAAGGUCGUGAAAGGCAUUGCUGGGACCUGGCACCGCUUCAGACAGUUCCUGCAAAGAGCCCCAGAUGUAAAGCACAGGUCUGGUAGCUUCCCUGCUGCCUGGGGAAAAAGCCUUACUGGUGCUUUGUUCACUCAGUGUUCUGUACAGCUGGCUGAUGCAGCAACCAUUGCUUCUGGGGAGUUAUGAGGCUCCCCUCAGAUUGUAGACUGUUUUAUAUGACACUAUUAGCCUGUUUUAUAGCAUAUUUUCCCAAUCAUGUCUCUGAUCAAUUAUGUUUUGAGACAGCAGAAUGCAGUUGUUGAAAAUACAGUGUUGUCCUGGUGUCCUGUCUGUAUAAUUUAUACACUAACAAUAAACCUCAAUGUAAGAUGAC